AUGUCCGCCUCAAACAUCCCCAACCUCAACACUCUCCGUCAGGGCGGCGGACGAGGUCGAUUACGAGGUCGCGGCGGUGGAAAUGAAGGCCAUGGCUUUAGUUCUCAACGAUCAUCUGCCAAUAAAGAUCGCGUGGUCCAAGGAACUGACAAUGACGCCAGCGUCUCUCGGUUGAGUGCGGUGGGAUUGGGAUACUUGGAUGAUCCAUUUGCGAGGGCGUUGACGCCUUCUGGGUUAGAGACGAGGAGGCUGCCUAUUAUUAAUCGAGGAACCUACGUGCGCACCACUGCGAUCGAUCAGCUUGUUGCUCGAUUCCUGGGACAUGGAGAACAGAAGAAACAAAUUAUUUCGCUCGGUGCUGGCUCUGAUACGCGUGUCUUUCGACUCUUAUCCUCCCCCGCUACCUCGAAUAUUGUCUACCAUGAGAUUGACUUUGCGAUGAAUGCGGCGGCCAAGAUCAAAGCUAUCCGUGGCACACCUCUUCUGCAGCGAGCACUGGGGCGAGUGGAAGAUAUCACUAUAUCUGACGCAGGGGAUGCGUUGCAUUGCCCCUCCUACCAUAUUCAUCCGGUUGACCUACGAACCCUCACGCACCAGGCGCAACAUGCGAGCGCAGACACAACGCCCCCCUCAACGACCAACGCGGUAGCCCAUCUGCAAGAGACAGUCGACCAGACGCUCCCUACGUUACUAAUAUCCGAAUGCUGCCUGGUAUAUCUCUCUCCGGGUGAGGCCGCUGACGUGGUGCGGUAUUUCACACAAACUUUAUUCCCCCGAUCAGACAAGUCAGAAACUUUAGGGUUGGUUCUGUACGAGCCCAUCCGUCCGGACGACGCGUUUGGGAGGACGAUGGUGUCGAAUCUCGCGGCCCGAGGCAUCCAUCUCCAGACCCUGCACAAGUAUGCGUCCUUGGAGGCGCAGUGUGGGCGGCUCUGCGAGCAGGGCUUUGACGGGGCGCAGGCAGCGGCAGAUGUGGAUUUUAUUUGGGAGCAGUGGGUGAGUGGAGUGGAGAAGGAACGUGUGGCUGGGUUGGAGAUGUUAGACGAAAUGGAGGAGUGGAGGCUGCUGGCCCAGCAUUACUGCAUUGCAUGGGGGUGGCGAGAGGGGAGGAGUACAUUUGAUGGAUGGAGAGAUCUUAAAGAGCAGACUUCUCUUAGGUACUCUGUGAGUCCUAACUCCUCCUGA